AUGAAUGCAUACAACACUGAAGGGAGGUACUUGCUAAUCAUAUACGAAAAGGUAUUUAAAAUAAUUUACAUAAAGCAUUUAAAAGAUAACAAAAAUGAGAAAGUCAAAGUGCCAUCUCUGUUCAUUUUCCGAGAAAGUGGAAAGUGCACCGAGAAGUUAAUAAAUAAAGACAAAAUUAGGAAGAAGAGUAAAAAAUUUGGAAGCAUCAUAAGUGAAUUAAUCAUAGACAAUAUAAUCGGUUCCAUCGAAAUUAGAAACGAGUUAUUUCUUUUUGUAGUUGAUAAAUGGAAAUUACUUUGCAAAUUUUUUUACCUUAACAAGUAUAGGAGCAUAUAUAAGAUAGAGAAGGUGCAUUACAUCCCUUAUAACAUUAAUAUUGUUUCCUUUAAUACCAUCAUUAGCAAUGCGCUCAACGUUGAUGAUAAUGCCAAUAGUUACUUUAUCAACCACCUGGUCAACCACGAAGAUAUAGGCAAAGAUUUUGAGGUCAUAAAUAACAGCAGCCAGAGUCACAGCACGGCGGCGGCCAGGCGCGCCGCGAGUCCGGGUGACCACCGGAGUGGGAGCGGCAUUGGCGGCAUUGGCGACAUUCGCAGCAUUCGAGGUGGCAAUCAUGGCGACCGGGCUGGCGACGCCCCGCAGAACGCGAACUCGAACGACCCCUCCUACGAGCCAGACAGCUCAGAUAACGAACUGGAGAAGGGCUACAAAAUGGACGAGGAUAAUCCGUACAAUAAGCAUUUCGCAAACAAAAGUGGCAAGUUAAAUGGGGAGAGAACUACAAUCGGAAAGAACCAAUUUGGAGGCGAAUUCGAAAUGGAGGUCGAACCCAUGAACCAUAGAACCCACAGAAGUGGCAACUAUAAUAAGAAGGAGGAGAAGAAUAAAAAGAUCCUCAAUUUUAAUACUGCGAAGAGGUGGCUGACCAACCAGUUCAACCACAAAAAUCUUUUGAACAUCAUUUCGGACAUAACGAAUUAUGACGGCCGGGGCCUCGGCGAGGGGGGAGGGAGGCCUGCCCCGCGGGCGCAGCUAGGUGAGGGUGUCACUGGCGGUGUUGCAAGCGGCGUUACUGGUGGUAAUACCGGCCGUACCGUCGGAGCUCCCAGCAGCAGCCACACCCACCGCGGAAUGCAGCGGAACGAGGAGGAAAUGAUGAACACCAACUCGUCAACGCUGGACGAUAACGAAUUUAUGAUGCAGGUGCUGAAUGAUAAGGAAAAUUCCUCUCGGCAGGAGAAUGGGGGCAUGCCGAGCAAAAUUGCCAACGGUGAGCAUAACUACUGCAAAGGAGGAGGAUCUGGGGGAAAGGAGAAUGGCAGCAGCACCUACGAUGCCAAUAGUAAUGACGGCAACGCACGUUACGGUAGGAGCGACCAUCAAAGUAGGAGGACGGAACCACACGCGUCUUAUACAAAUAGGGAAGAUGCUCACAGGAAAGAACCCAUCGACUCUCCAAAGAUAAGCAUUAACUUGAUUGACGAUUUGUUUACAGAUAGGAAGAAGGGAAAUGAGGAGUCGCCGGUGGGGGGAGACCAAAUGGAUAGGCAAGCAAACGAGUUAAACCAGUUACUGCUUGAUGGCGCGAAGGGGUCGUACCAAAUCGGAGCAAAGAAUGAUCAGAAUAAUUUUAUAAACUCUGGGGGGAAUGAGAAAAGGUCUAAUCUGUGCCCCCCUGGGGGAAGCCUUCCCACUGGAAAAGGCAACCGAGUAGGCACAGAAGCAGCAGUAGGAGAGGUUACCACGAACGGGAAUAACGACAGUUACUACCAAAAUUUGCUGUGCAUUUAUAAUGAUGAAAAGAAGGGAGCGGCGAGCUCAAGGAACGGAAGCACUAGUGGUAAGGCUGAGCAGGAUAAAGGCAUAUCAACUGAGAAGGGGAACAGCUCGGUUAGGGAUUCUUCGAAAAAUGCAGCCGCAGAAAACAAGGGAGACCUGAAGGACCUCAUUAACAACUCCUAUUUCAACGUGAGGAACAACCUUGUUGUGGUGGAAAAUAGCGAACACAGUGAGAAGAGGAACUCCUACCCCCUCAGCUUCAAAAACGCAAAUGACGAAAGUGUCAAAGCGGAUGAGAAAAAAAUGAACAUAAAAAUGGACAUGCAUAAGAUGUUAAAAAUGAUACAAAAAAUUCUGACCGUUCAUAUGUACUACUCGUAUGACUAUGACCUAACGCAGUGCAUUCAAAAAAAAACGAAAAAAAAUAUCGAAGAGGUAGAUGUAGAACCCAUGUUUUCUUCCUCGUCCACUCAUAGGAAGAGGUCCUUCCUAAAUGUCAGCGAAAAAAACUUCAUGUGGAAUUACCAAAUGAUUAAAAAGGUUAAGUGCAAAUGCAAAAUUGAUGACAAUUGGUUCUGCUCAGUAAUUCAGGGCUACAUUUCGUACACCUAUAUUGAGAUGAAUAGGAGGUGUUUGGAGCUGCUUCUCAUUAGUCGCCGCUCCUCCGUCUUGGGAGGCACGCGAUUUAAUAAGAGAGGCAUCAACGAUGAUGGGUAUGUGGCUAACUAUGUAGAGACGGAGCAAAUUGUGAGAAUUAACAAUAGGAAUAUUACCUACUUGAAUCGGUUUGAUAAGGCUAACAUGGCUGUGGAUAAUGUGAAGAAGGGCAGUGAAAGAGGGGGCUCAUCUGUGGGCACCGAUUUGGGAACCCCCAACAGGAAUGAGGGGAACAAUUUGAAGGAGGUCCAAAGUAGUAACACUAUGGGAGGAGCUCCCCCAAAGGUGCUUCCCCCUACAGUGAGUACGCAGACUGGUGGAAAGAACAUUCUUGAGGGUGAGUCGUCUGACCCGUUGGGCAAGAUGUCCCACCCGCUGGAAGAGGAGAAGCUGCGAAAUGGGGAAGUCACCGCCGAAGCGAGUGCUAACAACGAAAGGGUUGCCACGGGGGAGAGCGGCGGAUCAAGCCAAGGAUGCAUCAACAGUGAUAGCAAUUUCGAAAACAGAAUAAUCUCCCUAGUCCAAAUAAGAGGGUCGAUCCCACUCUUCUGGAAGCAGCAUUCCAUGUCAUCCCACGUGAACAUCCAGCGAUCUUCACUCCUAAGCAUCAAGGCCUUUAAGGAGCACAACAAAAAGUUGAUUACAAAUUAUGGUAACAAUAUUUACUAUAUAAAUCUUCUGAGCCAAAACAAAAACAACGAGAAGAAGCUCACGAAAAAAAUGAUCGAGCUGAUUAACUAUAUUAAGAAGGACAAGCAUUAUAAAGAAAAAAAUUUUAUUAACUACAUUGAGUAUGACUUUCACAUUUCUGUGAAGAACAAAAGUUUUGAAGAUGCCAUGAACGAUUUUAUAAACAAGGUUCUUCUCAAGGAGAUAAAGAAUGUAUCCUUUUUUAUGGAAGCGUCGAAGGGUAUAAUCGAGGGGGAGGCCAACACGAACGGUAGUAGUACCAACCAGGUGGGCGAAAGCUACCCCUGCGUUUUUCAAAACGGGGUGUUUAGAACUAACUGCUUGGAUUGCCUGGACAGGACCAACGUCUUCCAGUACUACUACACGUUGUUCUUCAUCCUGUACGUGUUGCAUGUGUCCAAAAAUGACAUCUUCUUAAAGCCAGUGAAAAAAUCGCACCUGUGUUUUUACAAAAAUUUUAAUACCCUGUUUAAUAGCAAGAGCGUGACGGUAGUGACUACCCUGCCGACGGACAGCUACCUGCUGGAGCUCUCUGAGAAGCCCGGCGUUAACAAGAAUUUCGACUACAGCAAGGGGAGCAGCAACAGUAGCGGCAGCUUGUUCGAGGACUACUGCUAUGUCCACGAGGCGGGAAGUCCCCCCAAUGUGAGCGGCGCGAAUGUAAGCGGCGGGAAUAAUGUAAGCGGCGGGAAUAAUGUAAGCGGCGGGAACAACACGAGCAGCGUGAACAACGAGAGCAGCCUCAACAACGCGAGCAGCGUUAAGAAUGGCGGGAGCAACCUCCACAACGGCAGCAGCGGCGGCGGCAAGAGGGACUGCCUCAAGAGCGAAAUUAUGAGCAGAAUGGAAAAGGAGGAAAAGAAGCACAGAAUGGCCUACAGCAAUUACGAGCGGGAAGACGAAAGGAAAUUUACCAGUCGACAGGAACAACCCGAUGAAUACGUACACAUUUUAAAACAUUUCUUUAAAAAGAUGUGGGUGGAAAAUGGAGAUAUUAUUAGUACCCAUUACACAGGCACGGGGAGCGUCUUCUCUUCGCAAAUCAAUGUAGGAAGGUCUUCCCUAAGCACAAACAUUGACCAUGCGAUCAAAUCCAUUGAGAGAUUUUACCAAAAUAAUUUUGAGGAUAAUUUCAGACAGGAAUGCAUUGAUAUUAUUUUGUGUACAGGGAAGUAUAGCAAGAGCAAGAGGAGGAACUUCAUAGGGGCCGAUUUUAACUAUUUUUUAAAUUACGGCAAUUUUAUGAAUAAGGAGAGCUUCCUCGGGUUGAGGGGCCGGAACAUGGGCCUCUCCAUUCCGUACCUGCCCUAUGGGAGGAACGCGCAGGCGGAUAAGGGGCAGACGGAUAAGGGGCAAAUCGAAGCUGAGCAAGAUACCUCUAAGGAGAAUCACCCAAGGGGAAGAAGCAAACAUAAGUCCCCCGAAAGCAACACCAAUAGCAGCGAUUCGAGUGAGAAUGCGGUUGAAAAUAGUAGUAGUCUGCUCGAAGAGGAGCGAGACGAGGAUGAGGGGCGCCUGUCCAGGGGGAGAAGCAAGCAGGGCAGAAGUAGAGGGCCCAGCAAAAACGCAGAAAGGAAGAAGUUGGAGGGAAGGAGGGCUAAGGAGAGACAUUCAGAGGUGGAGGAUCCUCUCAGCAAAGGUGUAAAUUCUGGGGAUGACAAAGGGGAGGACGAUGCAGAGGAGUCGGAAGAGCAGCAGGAGGAGCGGGAGCUGCACGAGAACGCACACCAGUCACCCCACUCAAAGGAGCCGCGUAAAUCGCACAAAUCGGUGAAGCGGGCCAAGAUGAAGAAGACGAAGGUGCACCUGGCGGAGAGCGAAAGCAAGGAGGUGGUCCCCCCGAGGAGGGAAAAGGCCUACGGGAAAUCCACCUCCAUGAGUGAUGUGUAUUCGCGAACAAAUGUGGGCAACGAGAGCAGCGCGGAGAACACGCUAAGCAGUAGCAGUGGUGGAAGCGGUGGUAGUGCUGGCAGCGGUGGUAGCGGUGGUAGCGGUGGUAGCGGCGGUAGUGCCGGCAGCGGAAGAAGCAGCUCGGACAGCAACGCCCAUAAAAAGUGGAAGAAGAAAAAGAAACGAAGAAAUGUAAACAAAAAGGGCAAGGAAAAAAAAAACAAAAGCGAUCUAGUGUACAUGAAAAAUUUGUAUAAAAAAAAAAACUAUAUAUACAACGUGAGGAAUAGGAACAAGUACAGCGACUACCUAAGUCACGAUUUGAUAAAUCAUUACUACACGGAUUUUGAUGAGUCGAAAAUGGGCAGUUCACAUAGGAAAAAGAAAAUGACCAAUAAUGAUUAUGAGGAGAAAAUUGUAAAACUGUGGGCAGGCACAUGGAACUUAUGUGGAAAUGACUUGUACGAGCUGAAUGACAUAUCUUCGUGGCUGAAUCAGAUUAACGAGUGCAUCGACAUGUAUGUGUUUUGCUUCCAGGAGGUGGUCGAGUUGACUGGCUUUCGAAUUUUGAUGAACAUGAAAGACAAGUUUAAGGAGAAGAAGAUCGAGCAGAAAAUUACCCAGUCGUUGGCGGAGAUGUCCCAGAGGCAGAAGGAAAUGUACAUUAGGAGCAAAAUCGGCACCAGCGCGUACUUUGCGAAUGGCACGAUUAAUGGUGCGGGCGCGGGGAUUAGGGGUGGCCCCGAGCACUCCGCAUCCGCAGUCAACAGCCACUCCGCAGUCAACAGCCACUCCGCAGUCAACAGCCACUCCGGAGUGAACAACCACCCGUAUGAUAACCACGCCGGGGUGAACGAGGGGAUGAAAAGGGAGGACUACUACGAAAACUGCUUGAAGUGCUUUAACGAGUCGUACAUGUGCGAGGGGGCCAGUGCGGAAAACGCGGAAAACGCGGCAAACGCGGCAAACGCGGCAAAUGCGGUAAAAGCGGCAAAUGCUUCCAACACUGCCAGCGCUGCCAACGCGGGGAGCACCACCCAGAGGGGAGAGAGGCGAAGCUUCGACCAGAAUGGCGUCCUUGACAUUUCGAAGAGCUGCUUCCUGAACAAUUACUUCAAUAACUUGGAGGAGGACCGGGAGCAGGCUCACCCCCGUUUCUCCGUCGCGUCGGCUUCACCGAGCGCCCAGGAUGAACAGAGCAAGUUGCUCAAUCUGAAUAUGCUCAACAUGAAUACGAUGGCCCACGAGGACCCCCAGAGUAGAAGCCCCCCCUCAAGAAAAAGCGAAGAUUUCAUCUUUUUACCUGACGAAUCAGGCAAAAGUGAGGUAGCGGGAAAUGCCCCCCAAAAGAGCAACCCCCCCACGAAUGCGCAGCAAAGAAAUCAAAGCAGCAAUGUGCUGAACGUUUUGGAGGACCGGGAGAAUAAUGGCGGCAACCUGCUGGGGGAGCACCUGAUGAAAAGCAAUGAGACGAAUAUCAGCUCCAAUAUAAAUGAGCUCUUUGACAGUAACCCUGUGAGUGGUUCCAAUAGGAAGGCAAACAAUGGGGUGUGCAGCAGCAGAGACGUCUUCAACUUGGUAGAUCAUACCUACGGUGCAGAUAACCACGUGGGGGGGAGGCAUCCCAGUGGGAAAGAAGCCGAGUGCAAUUCGAGCGAUGUGAAUUUGCAAAACAAAGCGAACAUUGAAGGGGAUAAGCAGUAUCGAGGGGGAAGAGACACACAUAGUUAUGUAAUGCGGAGGGAGGAGAACCUCAAGGACGAUACAACGUGUGGCGAACCUCAAAACCGGAAGAGAGCGGACACAAACAGCUUUCACAUUUCGAGCAUUCAAGAUGUUUUUCAGGAGAAUCAAAAUAGCAACUCGGUCAAUUUGAUACACCUGGGAGGAGACGACAUGGAUGGUUGUGUUAGAGGAAAGAAGGGUGCCAGAACGCACAGCCACAUGGAAGGGAGGAACACGCAGAGGAGCGGGGCCUCGGAUGAGUAUCCUGGUAGUGAUUCCAAACGGGGGGAAGAACAAAUACCCUUCAAAAGCAACGACAUGUUUUUGAAGAACGAAUCGAAUAAGUACUUUUUAAAUUUGAAAAAAUUUAAAUAUGUGAAGCUGAAAUCUGUAUCCAUGAUAGGUCUCUUCAUCAUCAUUUUUAUUGAUGAGGGGCUAGUAGACUACAUACGAGAAAUUGAGGUGUGCAAAGUGAAGGUUGGCUUGAAGGGCAACACGGGCAACAAGGGAAGCGUGUCUAUAAAAUUUCGCCUAGGGUUUAACUCCUUCUGUUUUAAUAACAUCCACUUGGCGUCAGGCCAAACGAACAUCUUCGAAAGGAAUAGCCAAAUGCAAAGCAUUCUGAGCAACAGCUUCCAGAACCAAGAGCUGAAUAACCUCUUUAAUUUUGACUAUUUCUUCGCAUGUGGGGACUUUAAUUUUAGGAUAAACAAAAGUCACGAGGAGGUUUUCAAAUCGAUUGCGAAUAAAAAUGCCAACCAGCUGCUCAACUACGAUCAGUUCAUUUACAACAAGCUGUAUAACAUCCUCCCCUUUUGCCUCUUCUACGAGCACCCCAUCAUGUUCAACCCCACGUACAAGUACAAGAAGAACUCCAACAUGUACGACGUGCGAAGGACCCCCGCCUGGUGCGAUCGGAUACUGGUGAGCGGGAAGCUAAUACACCUGUCGGAGCUGGAGAAGAAGCGGAAGGAGCACAUGGCGCAGGCGUUCCAACCGGAGAAGGACGACGUGGUCAGCAGCAAGAGCGGCCAGACGAAGCACCCCCCAGGGGAAAAACAACUCGCCAGCAACCAUCCAGAGGGUGAUGACCCGAACGAUUUUUACCAUAACGAUAAAAUAUAUUUUAAAUACCUAAAUUACAAGACGCACAACAAUUUCUUCUCAAGUGACCACAAGCCAGUUAGUGCAGUUAUAGAGUUAAAAGUUUUUUUCGACAAAAAGGACAUCGAAUAUAAGCUUCUCAACUCGUACAGUAUGAAAACGAAUGAUGACUUUAACAGUUAUGCAAAAAAUUCUAGCAACACGAGCAACAGUAGUAACAAUAAGAACAGCAAUUUGUUGGACUAUUUUUUCCCCAAUAAUUAUGGCCUAAGUAAAUAUACUGCUUACCCCAUUUCGCAAAUUUUGAAUUACUCAAAUAAUUUAAAUAGCAAAUUUAAAAACGAAAUGCAUGACCAUUCGUUUCAUGAGGAUGCGAUGAAGAAUGUGGAUCGACUGGACGAUUUUUCCUGCGCUAAGUGA